UUUGAUUUUUAAAUUAUUCUUUCAUUCUCACGAGAUGGAGAAAGCAAUUAUUUUAUUGUUGAAAGAGAUUUACUAUCCAUUUCUUGCAGUUAUCGGUCUACCUGUGAACUUGAUAGCAAUUGUGAUACUUUCCCGUGGAAACUGUGGGCUUUCCAGAUGUAUCUCUUUAUACAUGCUGGCUAUGGCAACAGCCGAUCUACUGGUCAUAAUUAUCAAUGUAAUGGUUUAUCAUAUUUUUAGUUAUAACUUUCCUUUUUCAUUUCUAUACCAUACUUCUGUGUGUAAAUUAAUUCUUUAUCUUACUGCUGUCACACUAGAUUUGUCCACUUGGUUCACUAUUUUCUUCACAUUUGAUCGAUUUGCUCUUAUCUGCUGCCAGAAGUUUAAGGGAAGAUACUGUAAUGAAAGAACUGCAGUUGUGCUUAUAACAUUUUUCCCUUUAUUGACCAUAUUCAAGAACAUCCCGUUUUUCUUUGCUUAUAAUCACAAGAAAAUAAUCAACAAGGUGCAUUGGGGGUGCCAGCCGAGUGGAGCUUUCUUUUCUUCAUCUAUUGGAGUAGCGUUCUUCUGGUUUCACACAGCUUGGGGAGUUUGGCUUCCUUUUACUUUAAUUGCCUUGUUUAAUUGUUUGACAAUCAGGCAUAUUUCGUUGGCAAAUGGAGCCCGAAGGAAACUCAAGUCUAACAUAACUGAGAAAAAAUAUGAUGCAGAGAUAGAGAAUCGAAGGAAGUCCAUCACAUUAUUAUUCACUGUAUCAAGCAGCUUCUUACUGCUGUGGCUGCCAGCUGUCAUUAGCUUGAAAACCACCAGAAUAAUAAACGUCAAUUCUUACCAAGGAGACCGCACAAACCCUGGAUAUAUCGCCACCGAAAUUGGAACUAUGUUGAAGUUUUUGAGUUCUUGCCCAAACACCUUUAUUUAUGCAGCUACUCAGAAGAAUUUCAGACAAGAGUUGAAAAAGGUGCUGAGAUGUCUCACUUUUUAGUGACUUUUGUUUUCAGGUGUUGAGUUUGCUUGUACGAAACAACGCAUGUCAGAUAGUCUGCACAAUUUCUGCAAAACAACCAAAGUGACUUCUUCCAUCCCCAGGAACCGCUUAGUGACUGAAAGAGUCAUUGCUACGUCAGGCACACACUAUUUCAUCCAACCAAACACUACUCCUGAAACAAAAGACAGCAUACACCACUUGCCGACUUUGAAUCCAAUUAUCCUGAAAUUAGAGAUUCUGAUCCUGAGAACAGCCUGCAGAUUCUAUGUACCAGACUAGAAGCCAUCAAAAUAUUUUAAGAAGACAGCCUAAAUUCUAACUUUUUCUUAUUUUAAAGAUAAACGUAAAGCUGUGUUAUAGUUGCAAUUUGACUUGUCUUUCGAGAGUUUUACAGAAGCUGGUGAAGUCCACAUUGAUAUCAUUGGGCUGCAGGGUUCCCAAGCGAAAUAUGAGUUGCUGUUCCUGCACCCUUCAGAUGGCAUCAUUGUGGCCCAUGAUGGACAUGUCAUCUAAAGAAUUGGAGGGGGAGUGGAAAUGGUUUGCGACUGGGAGGUGCAGUUGUUUAAUGCGAACCGAGUGGAGGUGUUCUGCAAAGCGGUCCCCAAGCCUCCGCUUUGUUUCCCCAAUGUAGAGGAAGCCACACCGGGUACAGUGGAUGCAGUAUACCACAUCGGCAGAUGUGCAGGUGAACCUCUGCUUAAUGUGGAAAGUCACAUUGGCAGACAUGCAGGUGAACUGUGAACUGUUCAGUCAGAUUUGGUUUCAGAACAAACUCUUAUUAAGUUUAAUUGAUUCAUUCCUGAUGUUGUCUGUUAGUCAGGUGUAAAUGCCUAAGCUUUGCCAUAACCGAUGGGGAUAUUAUUGUUCAAAUGUUGAAUGUGUUGAGAAAUGGAUAGGAGCAGCCAAUUCAACCCCUCAAGCCUGUAAUGCAAAUUGAACUAUCUCCUGAUUCAGUUCUUUAAAACAUCACCUGUCGGCUGUAAAGCCUGUCGCAAGGAUACUGUUUUUCCCAUUGCCAUGUCAGGAGAAUAUUGUGAAAACUGCAGAUGUAUCCGUUUGAGUGGAAAUACUGCCCCUCCCGUGUCCAGUUAUGGUAGCUCUCAAAGUAAAAAAAACACUCUUCCCUCCCUGCUGUGUGUUGUUUGUGAUAGCUAUUUUCCUGAAAGGACGUCUGGCGUGUGAUCUCAAUAUAAUUUCUCUGUCUUCUUUUUCAUUGCAAUAUUAAAUUUUAAAUUGACCUGGACGUAGAAAUCAUAUUUAUGUUCUCACCUCUGUUUGGCUGUGGAAAUGAAUGGACUGUUGACAAUCUGAUUCUUUUCACACUUCUCUAGGAUCUUGAGAGACUCCAAGUCUCCUCCUUGUCAACUCAGAACUGUAGCUAUUGUUUCCAAGUGACUUGCCCCCUUUUCUCAGUAAAACAAUCUAAGCCUUUUUGUUGAUUUUUUAUCAUUAAACUGCCUAUCAUGGAGAUUUCAGAACAAGUCUCCUGACCUCCUCCUUUUGCCCCAAAUUUAAAGACACAGUCCAAAAACGUCAUAAUCUUACAAACUACAUAAUUAUAACAGUAAUAAUACUCUCACAUAUUGAUUAUGAGCAGCGUUAAUGCUCCUGAAUUCAGAUAAUGCCAUCAAGUUCAAUAUGUAUCCAGUGAGAUGAAUUUGAUUAAGGAGCAAUUUAUUUCCCAAAUGCUAAGUUG